GGAGACGCGUUGCCAUGGAAAUUCUAUUUAUCAACAAUAGUGCUUUUUAAGUGGAAAAUCAUCUGAGUUUCCGUGAAUAUGCCAAUAUUUUCCAAGAAAUUCUCCUACAAAAGUGCCCCACCGCGAAAUAAGCGAGUAUUGGAGAGUGAUUGCCCGCGGAUCCAUGAAAAACUCGAGGAGUUCAGGAAUAUUCACUUGCAACUCAGCGAUGACGGUGGCUACACUUUCGCCAAUGGCUGCUGGAGUUCCACCAGUAAAAAUGCCAAGGCAUCAGCAAGUAACAAUAAUCAGCAGCUGAAAGAGAAGAUCACAAAACUCUCCGAGGAGAACAAUCUUCUGCAGCUCAAGGUGGACAUCCUCGUGGAUCUGCUGACAGAGAACACGGUCGAGAUGACUGAGAUUAAGGAGAAAUUGAUGAAGUAGCAGCAGCAAUUUGUGAAUUGGCUCCAAAUAAAAGAGAUC